CCCGCACUGCCGCGGCCACCGGCGGCGUCGUGCAGCGGCCGCCGUCGCCUUAGCCCGCGAAAAAGUCGAGAGAGCCAAAGGCAGCAAGCGGGCAGACGACAGCCGUAGCAGCAGCAGCAACGAAGGACCACAACAACCACCACCACCACAACCACCACCCUUCUCCACACCUCAGCAGCGAUGGCUUUCGGCCCACAGGUUCCCGCCUACUACACGAGUCUGCUGGCUCAACUGAAGGCAGAACAGGUCAACAAGCCCCUUUUUUACUGCUGUGCAGACCUCACCAGGACCAUUGACGAAUACACCAGCAAGGAUCUUCAAGGAAUAUUCGAGUGGCUGGUGGCCUCCAUUUUUGGAGCUGAUGGCGAACCAGGAUGGAACCUCCUCUACAUAAAAAAUAAAGAGAGUCCUACGGAUUAUGCAGCCGUCAAUGACUUCCUUUCCCCCUGUGGUGCCAUGAUGAGGCUGGUGUACAAACUGCAGGUGGAUGAUGCCAAGUUCUCCUACCAAGUGUCCAAGCUGCCGGCUCCGGCGCGAGGCGCCCUUCAGGAGGGCCUCCUUCCCACAGAGUCGCCCCUCUAUGUCAACAAACUAGUGGGCGGUGGGCUUGUACUGUCUCUCUCCCUGAAUGCCUUUGAGUAUUAUUUAUUCAGCUUCGCCAACUACCUCGUUCUACCAAAGACGUCCCUGAGCCCCCAGUACGCGGCCGGUCCCAACAACCUGUACACGGCUUUGGUGGAAGACUACCUCAAGUACUUCCUGCCGACUAUGGGAAAUGCACCUGCGUCUCCAACACACACUCUAACCAAGGCCCCCUCCCCGCCUAACCACAGGCCAGUGAGCUGCCUGCAGUCUCCAUACUCCAGCCCUCUGUCCGCCCUCCUGAAGAGACCCAUCCAGCACCAGUCGCCUGUCACACCAGACCCAGCCGCACACCAGAUCUGGCACUCUGAGACGCUCUUGCAGGUGUUUGUGGAGCUUUGGUUGCACCAUUACUCCCCAGAGGUAUUCCAGAAAAUGCAGUCCCCACAGGCUCGGCUUGCAAUGCAUCGCUGCAACGCCACCGCUGCCUGGCUAAUGAGACGCGAGAUGGAGGUGAUGCAGUGGCGCCUGUGUGCCCAGGGCGUGCCGCUCGGUAGCCCUCUCCCGCCCGCCUACUGCGGCCUACUCCUGCAGGAAGAACAGUUUGUGCCGACGGAGGAGCACGUGCGGGUGGUCCGCCUGCUCGUCAAGCACCUGCAUUACUUCAGCAGCAGUGCGCGCGACCCGCCGCCCGCCUCCCCCUCGUCCCCAUACCACUCGCAACCUACGAGCCCGCUCGACAACUUCAAACGGGUGGUGAUUCCAAGGUUUGUACAGAAGAAGCUCUACGUGUUCCUGCAGCAUUGUUUCAGCCACUGGCCGCUCGACUACUCCUUCCGAGUGGUGCUGGAGACGUGGCUGAGCUACAUCCAGCCGUGGCGCUACACGGAGUGGCCGAACGGUGGCGGAGAGUCGGACGACCCCACCGUCCCCGACAAGUGGGCGGUGUUCGUGCAGGAGAACCUGCUCUUCUACACGCGACUCUUCCAGGUGUUUGUGGGCCGCACCUUGCGCUCCGACCUCAGCUCGGCGCGGCACACACUCAUGGCGUACCGGGCCGCCAAGGUGUACGCGCAGUGCAACUUGUGCGCGCUCAUCAUGAAAGGCGAGCAGCUGCUGCAAGAGCCUGAGCACAUCUCUCCCCAGCGCCAGCAGCAGUCGCCGGCGGCACGGGGCUCUUCCCCGGCCCCAGCACCGCCCUCCUCCCUGCGGUGGGGGGGCGGCGGCGCGCACCCCCCCCGCCAGGCGCUACCCGGUGACGGCGCGGCUCGCGUGCGCUUGCACGUGUGCGCGCUCGAGGGCCAGGAGCGCACCUACACGCCCCUGUUCGGCUCGGAAGGCCGCACCGCCGUCCUGCAGCUGGUGCAGGCACUGCAGCAGGCCCAGAGGCAGGCGGCCGCGGCGAUGACGGCACCCUAUCGGGCAGGCGAGGUCAUUUCGAGUGGUGGCGGUGGCAGCAACGGUCCGAGCGGCGGGCGCUCUUUCCUCUCCAUGCUGGGCCUCACGUGGGACUUGGGGUACGGGUCGGCGAGCGCCAACGGGGACGACUACGAGGCGGUGGACACGCGCAAGCUAGGAGAACACCUGCAGAAGUCCAUCGAGUUCUUUUCGCAGACAUUCAGGAUAAACGCGGCGCUUGUGGUUCCGCGACACUCGUGGAUGGGCCCCGGUGCGCCAGACUUUGGCACCAGGCGAGCUUCCGGACUGUGCGCCGGGGAAGGAUGGUCAGAUGCUCACACCGCUCGGCCGUUACCAGCUGAUGAAUGGGCUACGUCGCUUCAACAUCCAAUAUUCGGGAGACCCCGAACUGCAGCCUAUCAGAAGCUACGAAAACCCCACGCUCGUUCGGUUGCUGUAUCGUCUGACAUCCGCUCUCAACCUCCGGUACAACAGUCAGAUGCAGGCGCUGUGCAGGCGGCCAGGUUUCCUGGGCCGCCUCUCGCGAUACUACCUCUGUCCGCCAAGGGUCGCGUCCAUGCCAAGGCUCUCAUCAACAGAGAGCAACUCUUCUUCCUCCUCCUCAUUCCGGGAGCCAGUGAUAAUGGCGGCAGCGGCAGCGCAUACACCCCGCCUGAGCUUGCGCUUCCUGGCAAGCUACAGGAACGCGCUGGGCCUGCUGCUGUUGUACACGCUGGCCCGCGUGCUCCUGUCGCUCGACCCCCUGGGGUUCAUGCUGCUGCUGCUCUUGGCGGCGUUGGGGUACGGUGUCAUCAAGACGCUGCUCAGGGAGCGGUCGCACAUUGACUGAGCAACCGACAUUACACCUUGCACUGCCAUCCCCAUCCCCGGCCCCUUGUCAGUUCACGGCCGUUAGAAUUGGACGAAGUUGUUUAGUAGGGGGCAUGUAACGAUGCAUUGAGUCACGGAUUCUGAAUUGCGCAAUAUGUUUACGCUUAAUAUUGCAUCUAAUGAUUACAUUUGUGCAGAUUAUAUGCUGGUGUUUAUUUACAGCCCUUUGUCAAUCCACUGCCAGAUGAACGCCUUUCCAUGCCGUGUUGGUCAUUGGGAUAAUUUGACUACUUCACCAUGCGAGUCAGUUUGGAUUGUUGGCACAGUGGUCAGCUCUUGGUUUGAUUCUUGAACGUGUCUAACGUCAUUGGCAUAUGCUAUCUAAAUGAGUCAUGGCCCCCACUUGACCAAUCUACUGAUAAGCGUGGCAAAGCGAAGUAAUACACUGCAUGACUGAAGUCAUGCAGUGUAUUGACAAGACGACAUAUUAUUUGCAAGUGUUAGUUGGACUAAUGGAGCGAAUAAAAGGAAAUUGCAAAAAAUUCGAGAAUCCCGAUGAGGUGGAUAAACAGAAGACUUAAUUCUUGAAUUGUAUCACGAUUCAUGGACUGGUUUGUGGAUCAUUACAUGCCUGCUGUUUAGGCUUAUGUCCACAAAGAGAUGUUGAAGAGGAUUUUUGUAUUCUUGACAAUGCAUUCUUUUCUUCAUUGUCAUGAUGUUAUAAGCGGAGUUUUUGUUUUGUAAUUGAAAUGAAACAUGGGUCAUUCAUAUCUAUUUUAAUAAGAUGAAUAUCGAUUUGUUAAGUAUGUUUUAUAAACAGCUUUCUUCAUGUGUUUUUAGAAUAUAAAAAUAAAAAAGAUCAACCAA